AUGGCAACUUCUCUCAAAAUCCGGAAAGGGGUCGUGACUCGCCAAUUUAAUGUGCUAGCCUACGCCCUCAAAAAUUAUGCCAGUCUGGGUGAAACCGAAAUAUCCGCCGUGGAAGGAGAUUUCGCGGCAAAAAUGUGCGAAAUAGACUCAGCGUUAGUUUAUAUUCGCACUGUACAAACUUCUCUCCAAAAGGCCAUUUACGCGUUUGCCGAAACCGUCGACAGCAUAGAAAUGCCACCAGGAGGUGAAGAAGAAAAGCGCGUUUCGGAACACAUCGAAAAAAUCAACACACUUCUUUCCGAAACGGAAACAUUUCUCGCGCGUCUUUUAGUGCAAAAACAUAUCUUGACAACGAAAAUGAGAACUCAAACGGGAGUACAAGUAUAUCCGGACCCUGGAGUGCAAAAUCAGGAAACACCGGUGGGCCGCGUAGAAUUACCCAGACUUCCUAUCCCAGAAUUUAACGGCAAAAGCUGGCAAUGGGACAAUUUCUGGGAAUUGCACUCACUCCCGCUCUCAAAUUUACAGAAGUUCAAUUACUUACUGAGAGCAUUAAAGGGAGAGGCACGACAGUCUGCAGAACGCUUUCAAGUGACUGCAUCAAAUUACCUCCUAGUGUUGGAACACUUGCGGGAAAAGUACGGCAAUACGUCUGCAAUCAUAACCAGUCUACAUGAAAGAUUAGAGACUUGGACUGCACGAAGUACUGACCUCCAGGACCAGUGCAACCUUUUCGACAAGAUUUCAUCUCUCACUAAGCAGCUCGAAAGCAAAGGAGAGAAUCUUGAUAGCUCAUGGUUAUUGUCCAAGAUCCUUGCAAAAUUCAGGCAAGAUAUCCAGAGGAGGGUACUAGAGAAAAAAGUCUCAUUACCCGCAGAACAGGUCUUGAAUCUCAAGACACAGAUGGAAACGCUUGAAACAGUUAUCCGGCAAGAGCGAGAGAUUGAACGCAACCUGCCGGUGAGAACUGAGCAGAAAAAUGUUCCAUCGAAACUAAAACCAAAUCCUUGGCAGGAUAGAAAACGAAUGCCGUAUUGUUUCUAUUGUGAAUCGAAGGAACACUGGCCAACAUCUUGCACAAAACUUAAGCUUCCCAAAGAAAGGAUUGAUUUCCUCAAAAAGAUGCAGCGACGUCUGGGUUGUGGGUCAAAAUUCCACAAUACCCCAGAAUGGAAAUCAAGAGGGCGCAUCUCUAAAACAAAGGGGGACCAAAUAUUUCUUUUGACCGGCUCCCUAAAAGUUAUACAUCCGUCAACAAAGGAGCUCCAAGAGGUGCAAGUGCUGCUUGAUACUGGAGCAAAUAGAUCCUUUAUCGAUUCUAACCUCGCAAAGGAACUCCGAAUUCCAGAAUGUGGCAGAACAGCAAUGAGAUUAAGCACAUUCGGAACACCUGAACACAGAGAUAUUGAAUGCACACUCACACACUUGAACAUUUGGGAUGCAAAAGGAGUGCCGCAUACGCUGCGGCUCUUCACAUAUGACACUCUCACAGCAAAUCUCACUCAAGGUGCAAUGGAUAAAGAAGACACAAAAUACAUCCGUCGCAAAGGCCUCCAUGUCUGUUCACCAUCUAAAAAUACCAAGGCGCAACCAAAAAUUCUUAUUGGUUGCGACCAAUUGUGGAACUUCAUUGAAUUUGAAGCCCCACAUUUCAAUCUACCUUCAGGAAUACUUCUCGUCCCUACCAAAUUUGGCUACAUGAUAACAGGACAAAAAAUUGAUCCCAACAACACCAUUCCAUAUCGGCUUCCAGUUCUCAUAAACAUGCCCAAAGUAGAAAACAACAUGGACCACUGGGAGCAGCACUGGGACUCUGAAACCAACAACGCUGGGAAAGAAUAUACCGGUCCCGAAAAAGAAGAAAAAGCAAGGAUCAAUAAUGAAGUACUGGAGGAAUUCAACAAAUCGAUCCAGCGAAAAGACGACGGCUAUUACGUCAAAAUUCCAUUCAAGAAAACAUACGAAGAUUUGCCAGAUAACCGCAUGUUAGCAUGGAAGCGACUGAAAAGCAUCUUACAAAAGUACAGUGAUCAGUCGGAUGUUCUUCAACAGUACGACGCUGUCUUCAAAGAACAACUCAAGAAAGGCAUCCUCGAAGAGGUUGACGAAGGCAAAGACUCAUCCGCCGCUAAAAAACAUUAUUUACCCCACCAGCCCGUAAUAACUCCAAACAAAGAAACCACCAAAUUCCGCAUAGUCUUCGAUGCGUCAGCGCACUAUAAAGGAUGUCCAUCACUCAACGACGUAGUACACCAAGGACCAACUAUACUACCCAAAUUGUACGGCAUACUAUUACAAUUCCCCACGGCAAAGUAUGUACUAAUAUCAGAUGUAGAAAAAGCAUUUCUCCAAGUGCGCAUAGAAGAGAAGAACCUUGCUGUUUACCGAUUCACUCGAGUAACAUUCGGAAUCAACGCAUCGCCCUUUCUACUAAGUGCAACUAUUCUUUAUCACCUAAGAAAUUUUGUCGAAGAAAAGGAGCUUGCAGAAGAAAUUGCGGCUAAUCUCUAUGUCGACAAUCUGUUCAUUCGUGCUGAAACGAAAGAAGAUGCAGUAAGAAAGUAUACUCAAUUAAAGCAAAUCUUCUCGGAACUACAGAUGAAUUUGCGCGAAUUCGUUUCCAACAGCACAGAAAUUAUAGAUUCCAUUGCUACUUGUGACAAGUCGUCAAAUCAAAACCCAAAGGUGUUAGGGAUACCGUGGACGUCCAUCGACGACGAAUUCAUGUUGAAGCUCUCUAUAGUGUAA